GGUUUGACAAAUCUUUGGAAAAGUGGCAACAUUUUCAUAGUGACAUGAAGAGCUUUAAUCACUGGCUAACUGAAACUGAAGAGAAGCUGGCAAGAGCACAGAUAGAGGCUGGAGACGUGGGGCAUGUGAAAACCAAGCAAUUUAUCCAGGAGCUUCAGGAUGGCAUUGGGCGACAGCAAACUGUUGUCAAAACACUGAAUGUAACUGGUGAAGAGAUUAUUGAGCAGUCAUCAACAGCAGAUGCUAAAGUGCUGAAGGAACAACUGGAAAGUUUGAAUACCCGGUGGCAGGAGAUCUGCAAACAGCUGGUAGAGAAAAGAAAGAGACUAGAGGAAGAAAAGAAUAUUUUAUCAGAAUUUCAAGAGGAUUUGAACAAGUUGAUUUUAUGGUUAGAGGAAGCAGACAGUGUUAUUGGGAUUCCCCUUGAACCAGGGAAUGAAGACCAGUUGAGAGACUGCCUUAGUAAAGUAAAGUUAAGAGUUGAAGAGCUGCCGCCCCACAAGGGAAUACUGAAACGAUUAAAUGAAACUAGAGGAAUAGCACUUGGAAGUGCAUCACUGAAGCCAGACAAAAAACAUAAGCUUGAGAGUACACUGAAGGAGGCUAACCAUCGUUUGUUAAAGGUGUCCAAAGAUCUUCCAGAGAAACAAAAAGAAAUAGAGAUUCUGCUAAAGGAUUUUGUUGAACUUGAUAAACAACUGAAUCAGGUGAUAUUGUGGGUCACGCCUGUCAAGAACCAGCUGGAGCUUUAUAACAGAGAGGGUCAGCCAGGAGCCUUUGAUAUUAAGGAAACUGAAGCAGCAGUGCAGGCUAAACAGCCGAAUGUGGAAGAGGUUUUGUCUAAAGGGGGUCAUUUAUAUAAGGAAAAACCAGCUACUCAUCCAAUAAAGAAAAAAUUAGAAGACUUGAAUGCUGACUGGAAGGCAAUACACCACUUAAUUCAACAACUAAAGGAAAAGCCAGCACUGUCAGCAUUUGGCCAUUUCUCUCCAGGUGUCUUAACUUCUGGCGAAACUGUUGCUGUGGAUACACAAACCAGGGUAACCAAGGAAACCAUCACCUUCAAACCAGAAAUGCCAUCUUCUGUGCUUUUGGAGGUUCCAGCCUUGGCUGACUUCAAUAAGGCAUGGGCAGAACUCACUGACUGGCUUUCUCGACUGGAUCGAGAGAUAAAAUCUCAGAGAGUGGUAGUAGGUGAUCUUGAUGACAUCAACGACAUGAUCAUCAAACAAAAGGCAAUACUACAGGAUCUGGAGCAAAGACGUCCCCAGCUGGAUGAACUAAUAACUGCAGCACAAAAUCUGAAAAACAAGACGAGCAAUCAAGAGGCCAGAACAAUAAUUACUGACCGCAUUGAAAAGAUACAGAGCCAGUGGGAUGAAGUGCAUGGAUACCUUCAAGGCCGGAGACAGCAGCUUCAUGAGAUGUUAAAGGAUUCAACACAGUGGCUAGAAGCUAAGCAAGAAGCUGAGCAGGUUCUUGAACAAGCAAAAACUAAGCUUGAGUCAUGGAAAGAAAUUUCCUACACCGUGGAAGCUCUGAAAAAGCAGAACACUGAGCUUAAGCAAUUUGCAAAAGAAAUACGACAAUGGCAAAUAAAUGUAGAUGUAGCAAAUGACAUGGCACUUAAACUGCUCCGCGAUUAUUCGGCAGAUGACACCAGAAAAGUACAACUGAUGACAGACAACAUUAAUGCGACGUGGGCUGCCAUUAGUAAAAGGGUUGGUGAGCGUGAAGCAGCACUGGAAUCAGCCCUGAGAAUGUUGCAGCAAUUCUACCUGGAUCUCGAAAAGUUUCUUGCUUGGCUUACAGAAGCUGAAACAACUGCAAAUGUCCUGCAGGAUGCUACACACAAAGAAAAGACACUAGAAGAUGCCAAAAUGGUUCGGGAGCUCAUGAAACAGUGGCAGGAACUACAGGCAGAAAUUGAUGCUCACACUGACAUCUUUCACAGCCUGGAUGAAAACGGGCAGAAAAUCCUGAGGUCCCUUGAAGGCUCUGAAGAUGCAACCCUCUUGCAGAGACGCCUGGAUAACAUGAACCUCAGAUGGAGUGAACUUAGGAAGAAAUCUCUGAACAUUAGAUCCCAUUUGGAAGCCAGUACCGACCAGUGGAAGCGAUUGCAUCUCUCUCUUCAGGAACUUUUAGCAUGGCUGCAGUUGAAAGAGGAUGAAUUAAAACAGCAAGCGCCCAUUGGUGGAGAUCUUCCCACUGUGCAGAAACAGAAUGACAUCCAUCGGACUUUCAAGAGGGAGAUAAAAACAAAAGAACCUGUUGUCAGGAGUGCACUUGAGACUGUGCGAAUCUUCCUCGCUGAGCAGCCUGUGGAGGGACUGGAGAAGAUCGGCCCAGAAACAAGAGAUUUGUCACCUGAGGAAAGAGCCCACCAUGUCACUAAACUUCUCCAAAGGCAAGCAGAUGAGGUCAGAACUGAGUGGGAUAAGCUGAAUGUGCAGUCUGCUGAUUGGCAAAAGAAGAUAGAUGAUGCUCUUGAAAGACUGCAGGCCCUUCAAGAGGCAAUGGAUGAACUGGAUCUGAAACUACGCCAGGCUGAAGCAUUCAAGGGAUCCUGGCAGCCAGUGGGGGAUCUGCUAAUUGACUCUCUGCAGGAUCACUUAGAAAAAGUCAAGGUUUAUCGAGCAGAACUUGUACCCCUUAAAGAGAAGGUGCAUCAAGUCAAUGACCUCGCUCACCGGUUCACUCCCUCCGAUAUCCAACUCUCCCAGUACAAUCUCAGCUGUGUGGAAGACCUGAACACAAGAUGGAAGGUGCUACAGGUGGCCAUUGAUGAGCGCAUCAGGCAACUGCAUGAAGCUCACAGGGAUUUUGGCCCUACUUCCCAGCAUUUUCUUACCACUUCUGUCCAAGGCCCCUGGGAGAGGGCAAUCUCACCAAACAAAGUGCCGUAUUAUAUCAACCAUGAGACGCAAACGACCUGCUGGGAUCAUCCCAAGAUGACUGAGCUUUACCAGUCAUUAGCUGACCUGAACAACGUCAGGUUCUCGGCGUACAGGACUGCCAUGAAACUCCGCAGGCUGCAGAAAGCCCUCUGCUUGGAUCUCCUGAGUCUGUCUGCUGCAUGUGAUGCCUUGGACCAGCACAACCUCAAACAAAAUGACCAGCCGAUGGAUAUUCUGCAGAUCAUUAACUGCCUGACCACCAUUUACGAUCGACUGGAACAAGAGCACAAUAACCUGGUCACUGUUCCCCUUUGUGUGGACAUGUGCCUCAACUGGCUGCUGAAUGUCUACGACACGGGUCGAACAGGAAGGAUCCGUGUCUUAUCUUUCAAAACUGGGGUUGUAUCCCUUUGUAAAGCACACCUGGAAGAUAAAUAUAGAUACCUGUUCAAGCAAGUGGCGAGCUCCACUGGCUUCUGUGACCAGCGCCGGCUGGGGCUGCUGCUGCACGACUCCAUCCAGAUCCCGCGGCAGCUGGGGGAAGUGGCCUCCUUCGGGGGCAGCAACAUCGAGCCCAGCGUCAGAAGCUGCUUCCAGUUUGCCAACAACAAACCAGAGAUCGAAGCAGCCCUCUUCCUGGACUGGAUGAGGCUGGAACCUCAGUCCAUGGUGUGGCUGCCCGUCCUGCACAGGGUGGCUGCUGCCGAGACUGCCAAACACCAGGCAAAGUGUAACAUCUGUAAGGAGUGCCCCAUUAUUGGAUUCAGGUACAGAAGUUUAAAGCACUUUAACUAUGACAUCUGCCAAAGUUGCUUCUUCUCUGGCCGUGUUGCAAAAGGUCACAAAAUGCACUAUCCAAUGGUGGAAUACUGCACACCAACAACUUCAGGAGAAGACGUCCGUGACUUUGCCAAGGUACUAAAAAACAAAUUUCGAACAAAAAGAUAUUUUGCAAAGCACCCACGAAUGGGCUACCUGCCUGUGCAAACUGUCUUGGAGGGAGACAACAUGGAAACUCCUGUUACUCUGAUCAACUUCUGGCCAGUAGAUUCUGCGCCUGCCUCGUCCCCUCAGCUCUCACACGAUGAUACUCAUUCACGCAUUGAACAUUAUGCUAGCAGGCUAGCAGAAAUGGAGAACACCAAUGGUUCUUAUCUAAAUGACAGUAUUUCACCUAAUGAGAGCAUCGAUGAUGAACACUUGUUAAUCCAGCACUACUGCCAAAGUCUGAACCAGGAGUCCCCACUGAGCCAGCCCCGAAGCCCUGCCCAGAUCCUGAUUUCUCUGGAGAGUGAGGAAAGAGGAGAACUGGAGAGAAUCCUCGCAGACCUGGAGGAGGAAAACAGAAACCUGCAAGCAGAGUAUGACCGUCUGAAGCAGCAGCAUGACCACAAAGGACUGUCUCCACUGCCGUCCCCGCCGGAGAUGAUGCCGGUCUCUCCGCAAAGCCCCCGGGAUGCUGAGCUCAUUGCAGAAGCCAAGCUGCUUCGCCAGCACAAGGGCCGCCUGGAAGCCAGGAUGCAGAUCCUGGAGGAUCACAACAAACAGCUGGAAUCACAGCUGCACAGGCUGAGGCAGCUGCUGGAGCAGCCACAGGCGGAUGCCAAGGUGAAUGGUACAACACUAUCAUCUCCUUCUACCUCUUUGCAGAGGUCAGGCAGCAGUCAGCCAAUGCUUCUUCGUGUAGUUGGCAGCCAGACUUCAGAAACUAUGGGUGAGGAUGAGCUGCUCAGCCCUCCCCAGGACACAAGCACAGGUUUGGAGGAAGUGAUGGAGCAGCUGAACAACUCCUUCCCCAGCUCCAGAGGAAGAAAUGCCCCUGGAAAGCCAGUGAGAGAGGCCACAAUGUAGGGAGCCUUUUCCACAUGGCAGACGACUUGGGAAGAGCGAUGGAAACCUUAGUGACAGUGAUGACCGACGACAAGGUGUUAGAAUAGCAAGAUGUGUUUUACAACUUCAGGCGUUCCGCAUGGUUUUUAUAAUAUUCAUACUACAAAGAGGAUUAGACUGUAAGAGUUUACAAGAAAACAAAUCUAUAUUUUUGUGAAGGGUAGUGGUACUAUACUGUAGAUUUCAGUAGUUUCCUAAGUCUGUUACUGUUUUGUUAACAAUGGCAGGUUUUACACGUCUAUGCAAUUGUACAAAAAUUAUAAGAAAACUACAUGUAAAAUCUUGAUAGCUAAAUAACUUGCCAUUUCUUUAUAUGGAACGCAUUUCGGGUUGUUUAAAAAAAAUUUAUAACAGUUAUAAUGAAAGAUUGUAAACUAAAGUGUGCUUUAUAAAAAUAAUUGUUUAUAGAAACCCCCUUAAAAAAAACACAAAAAAAAAUAUACUGAGGCAGUGCAUUUGUUUAGUUUCAUUUCAGCUCUGUAACUGCAUCAGAGAGAUUCAUGUCCUGUGUUCUUUUCCUUGCCUAAUGAAAAGUAAAAAAAAAGUAUUUCCUGAAGUGACACCAAAAUGGCCAACUUACAUUUCUCAUUGGUUUUGUCUGACUAGGGCUGGCUUAAAAAAAAAAAAAAAAAGAAACACAAAACUGAACUUCCAAUGAAGGUAGUUAUGUCAUAUCUUUCCAAUAAAAUUAAGAAUUACAUGAAUUACUGUCCUGCUUUCGGACAGCAACUAGCAAUUACACAGCUAGUUUGCAAUAAUUAAAUGAAAGAGCACAUUACAUGACAGAGCCUGCAAAAAAAAUUAAUUAAAAAAAAAAAAAAAGAAAAAACCCAGAAGAAAGAAAGAAAGGAAAGAAUUUAAUGAGCAUCCUAUGUGCCAGUGUUUCCUCUGCUAACUAAAUUCCUGAAUGCUGUUAGUAAAGGAACGUAGAAAUUGCCUUACUGGUUUAAACUUUCAGAGCUCGGUGUCCGGUACCUGUGGCUGUGCUUCAGCAGGGGAGAAGUUCCCUCCUGACCCCCUCAAAGCAUCACAGAGCAUUGUCCAGCUCCCAGUGCUGUUAAUGAGCAUGAAGCUCCUCGAUCCUCUGGACAGUACAACCAGAGCUUUCCGCAGUCCCGUGUCUCAGCCUGCUACAGCAGCCAGUCCCAAGGAGCUGUAAUGCUGUGAGCAACCUUUGGGAAAGGCUGCACAAGAGUUACUGCUGUUCUCGCCCGCGUGUGGUGAUCAGGUGAAGGUAGUCACACUGCUCCAUGAGGUGUUUAUCACCAAAACAAAGACCCUGGUCCUUUCUCCUUCCCUGUUUUUCUCUCUACAAGUAAUCCUGCACAAUUAACAAUAACGUGAGGAAGAGAGGAACCGGUAGCAAAACAGAUUAACCAGUUUGACUGCAGCUCGGGAGAGAUUGGUUUGGGUAUGAGGUGCUGUCAGCAAAAGCUUUACCACUUCAUUUUCUUAACCAGCUUUUAAUUUUACCUUAGAAUACAUAGAAAUACACCAUCUGACUUUAUAUUGCAAGAGUAUAAAAAAAUCUGUUACCUCUUCUUGUAUGAAUUGUAAUUAAACUUGGGAAAGAUUUUAUUUUGAAUGCUAGUUAACAUUGAACAUAGCUAGUCAUGCUAUUUCUACCUCACUUUGGUUUUGUGGUGUUCCUGACAAUUAUGUACGACAAUGUUACAUCCUCACCACGUGUCCAUUGUGUGACCAGGUAUCAUCGUUUAAAUAAUAACAACGUUCAUAAUCUUUAAAAAUAAGUACAAUCCUCCCAAACCUCUGCUUUCCUAAUAAAGAGCUUUUUUUAACACUUUAUUAAAAUAGGAACCCUCACUAUUUCUCAUGGCCUUUUUUAGCAGAAGGUUUAAAUUGCGAUUUGAGAAAUGGGUUUCUUCUUUUUUUCCCCCCUUAUAUGUUAAACCUUCUCUUCAGAAAAAAAAUGGAGGAAAAACAGAUUGCACGAUUGUUUUCAUCAGGGUUUUGUUUUGUUUGUUUUACUUUAGUUUUGGAGUGAGUCUGUCAAAAAGUAUUUAAAAAGUUGAAAGCUUUAUUGCUGCUUUUUUAAGCAUAAUUUGGGAAUUAUUUCAUAUUCCUUAUAAUGACAAAAUAUUAAACUGUAAAACAUAAUCAGUGUAGUUGAAAACAUAAAUACCAUAUGGCAUGUUAUUACAUCGUUACUCAGUACUGGUUUAUUACUUGGAUAUCAUAAUAUAUUGUGUUUUAACACCCAACACUGUAACAUUUACUAAUUAUUUUUAUAAACUUCUGUUUUACUGCAUUUUUUCACAACAUACCAAAUUUCACCAAAUAUAUGCCUUACUAUUGUAUUAUAUACUGCUUUACUGUGUAUAUCAAUAAAGCACGCAAUUAUGUUAUAAAAA